GCGGGGCCUGGCGGAGCGGCCGCUCGGGGCGGGCAGAGGCCGCCGCGCUCCCCCCGCCGCCGGACCGGCCCGUCCCGGCCCCGCCAUGGCCGCCCCCCCCCGCCUCGGCAUCCAGAUGCUGCUGGAGGCCGCCGAGUUCCUAGAGCGGCGGGAGCGAGAGGCCGAGCACGGUUACGCCUCGCUGAGGCCCGGCGGCAAGGACGGGGAGGCCUCGCGGCGCCGCGCCAAGGCCCGCAGGAGCAGCAGCGGCGGCAGGUCGACACACAAUGAGAUGGAAAAGAACAGGCGUGCCCAGCUCCGGCUGUGCCUGGAGAGGCUCAAGGGGCUGGUGCCCCUGGGGGCGGCGGCCGGGAGGCACACGACCCUCAGCCUCCUCACCAGGGCCAGGCUCCACAUCCAGAAGCUGGAGGACCUGGAGCGCCGAGCCCUGCACCAGAUCGAGCAGCUGCAGCGGGAGCAGCGGCACCUCCAGCGGCAGCUGGAAAAGCUGGGAAUGGAGCGGGUCAGGAUAGACAGCAUCGGCUCCAGCCUGUCCUCCGAGCGCUCCGACUCGGACCGAGGUGAGACCCCGCUCCGGGGGACGGCCGGCAGGAGGUCCGGCCCCGCUGGGACUCCAACCGUUCCCAUUCCUCCGGCAGAAGAGAUGGAUGUGGAUGUGGAGAGCACGGACGACCUCCCGGCCGACCUGGACUGGAGCAGCAGCAGCCCCAGCGACUCGGACGAGCGCGGGAGCCUCCAGAGCCUGGGCAGCGACGAGGGGUAUUCCAGCUCCGGCGGGACCAGGGCGAAGCCGGCGAGCGGCCGGAAGCUUCCCCUCGGGAUGUAGGAAGCGCUUCCCGCGGCCGUUCCAGCGGCGCCGUUCCCGUGGGAUCCCGUUGGCCAGCACACCGACCCCCCCCGCAUCCCCCGCACGUCCCGCCGAUCCCGCUGCUCCCGGGGCUCCGCUCGCGCCCGCCGGCUCCUCGGCCCGGCCGGGAUCUCUUCUGCCAGGCCCUACAUUCCAGCCACGCUUGGAAGCGCCUGGGAAUAUCGUGGCAGUAACAGCGACCUCCAGAGCCUUCGCUGGGUUCUCUCCCAGGCUGUCACCGCCCGGUAUUCCCGAUCUUCUCCGCAUUUGGCUGGCGACAUCGUGUUCCUGACGCUCAGGACCCAAAAGCUGAGUUUUUGGGAGCAGAUCCGAAGGCAGAACCGGCCUCUUGUGGAAUUUCCACCUGGGAGAGAGCAGAACCGAGCUGAGAACCCCCCCCACGGAGCAUUUUGGGUGGGCACAGGGAUCGGCCUCAGUCGGGGGGUUCCUCCCCUCCCGACUCUAAAUAUUCAGGGACACCCCAUCCCGGCCCUGCCGAGGUCCCGGAGCAUUCCCGGCGUGGGGAAUGGCAGCCCCCCCUCGGAACGGCCACCUCCGGGCUGGGAAGUUUCUGCCCUCCGUAAACCCAAACGGGACGUCCCACCUCCCGUGGCACGGCAUUCCAGACUCCUGGAAUUCCUCUCCACGCUUCCAGUCUCGGGGACAGUAUUUUCUACCUCGGAGGGAGCCCCCGGCCUCUCUCCACCCCUUCAGCACAAAGAUGAUGCCUCCGCUCAGCAAUAACCCCGCGGGACCCCCCGGAUCGGCCCUGGAGCUCUUCUCCAUCCAUCCGGGAUCUUCCCAGGCUCGUGGAGGGUUCCAGAAGCCCCGAGGGCGUGGGGGUCCCGAGCCGGAGCGCACUGAGCUGUCUGUGGUGUUCGUUCGGUUCCCGGUGCACUGGAGGGAACAUUCCCACCACUUCCUGCUUUUAGAGCUGCUCUGGGAAUGUUGGCACUUGGAGCUCUGCUUUCCACACCUUCCUUUUCCCUUCGGCUGCUCCAGGGGUUUUCCAACCCCUCAGGACCCUCUCGCUCCAGCCCCGUGGGGUCAGUGAGGCCUCAGUGUCGGGCAGGGAGCUCUCCAAGGGCUUUUCCCAGCGCUGGGAUGAAAAACAGGCUCUGAGGGCCCCUUUUCUUCAGGAAUUGUAGGUGCUGAGAGGCACCAAGAUGCUCCACGGAGUGCAAGGGGAUGAGGGGGAAACUCCACUUCUUUUCCUUUUUCCUGUCCCAUUUUCCUUCCUGUCUUAUUUCCCAUCUUCCCUUCCCUUCCUUUUCCUUCUUUUCUCCUUUUCUUUUGCUCCUUUUCUGCUUUUCCUUUCUCUUCACACCCCAGUCCCAUUUCUGGCCCAUUUGGGAAGCAGGAAGCUGCCACAGGCCCCAGGAAUUACCCAAAUCCCCCAGGUUUCGACUCUUUUCCCACGUGCUGAUUCUUAAAAGAGAAAAAAAAACCCAAACCACAAGGGAUUUUCCUUUAAAGCCCCUGGAAUUUCCCACCCUCCAGCAUCACCACAGCCCAUGGGCGCCUGAGCUCAACCCCCUGCACCUUCAAAAAGAGGGAAAAAAAGGCAAAAAGAUGGAAAACACCAAGAAAAUGUGGAAUAUCAGCCCUUGGGGGCUGGUGACUCCGGUGGUGUUUGGCCAGAUCCGUCCCUUCCCUGGGGAAUCCCAGAGGAUCCCUCCGGGCAGGGGAUUCCUGGCAUUGGGAAAGCCCUUCCAGAGGUACCAAACGUUGGUUUUCGGUUGGUUUUGGACAUUCUGAAGGUUUGGCCUCAACGCAAAUGAGGGUUUUUGGCAGGUUUGUGCCUUUUUCAGUUCCCGACACCUUUUCUUUUCCCCUCUUUUUUCCUCCCUAUCCCAACCUGACCCUUCCCGGCCCUUUGCUCUGUGGGGCUGUGCUCCGGGAACCCCCGAAACGCUGCACUAACCUGGAAUGGGGCUGGAGCCUGGCGCAUCUCUGGGUCCCCCCGGGCCAUGCCAGCCUGUUCCUGGAAUUCACUGAUCCACCAGCAUUCCUAUGAAAUAAGCUGCAGGAAGGACUUUUUUAUAGAUUGUGAUAAAAAUCCAGGGAGUGGGAGGAGCCGUAUCGGGACAUGAUGGGCGGGAAUCAAACCCACCCAUUCGUGGGUUGUUUUUCCUUUCUUUUUCCUCGUGGAAGGCAGAUCCUGACCUGCUGGCUCCCGGGAAGUACCAAAAUGUUCGUUUCAUCCUUGAUUUUUCCAGUGGAGCCACCCCGUCUCCACUCAACCUUUCCUUUAUUAUUCUUUGGGGCACCUCUUAUUUGUGCUUUCCCGUCAUUUUUUCUGUUCUUUUUGCUCCCCAGGAAGCGGAUCCGCCCCAGCCUCGGCUCCCUGGGGCAGUCGGGAUCCCGUUCCCAGCCGUUCCUGCUGUAAAUAUCCCAUUGUCGGGCCGAAUCCCAUGUCAAGCCAAUGGAAUGGUGCUUUUUUUUUUUUUUUAGGAAUUCCGUGUUUUAGGAGACCUUUGCUGUGUCCAUGGAUAUUUCUGUCUUGUUUGAUUGUUAGGAAAUAAAUUAUUUCGUUACGAAG